UGAGGUUCUACAGAUAUUUUUAAAGGACGUACUCGCUUGGGGUGUUUUGCAAGAUCAUCUGAGGAACCGGAAAGCAUCUGAAAUUUACUAACAUGGAUAACUGAAGUGGUUUUCACAGUGGAAGGAAACUAUUGGCACAGAGGCGAUGAUUGAAUAAAGUACUUGGCUCAAAGAUGCACAGUCGGCUAGUUUUUUCUCUGAAUGAAGACUGUUUAAUGGAAGCGGUAAUCGUGUGGAGAUAAAAGGAAACACUGGAGUGAUUACUGUAUUUAUUUUCUUUUUGGAGCUGGCUCUCUCUUUUUUUAAAAAAAGAAAAGAAAAAACCUGAAGCUGUAAUUUGAGCUCAAAUGCUUUCUAAUUCCUUCGUAGCCUGCUUGUUCUAUUAGGAUUCUCCUGUAACACCAUUUCUGCCUGGUGCCUGUGCCCUUCUGUUGAAAGCAACGGACAACUGCCUGAUGGAGAAAGAAUGAACGUUCUGCCUUGCUUAUGCUAUCGAUGGGAAUAAAGCUGUCUGUGUUUCUUCUGUUUGGGAAGUCUGGAUUAAUCAAGCUGUAUUCUAGUACCAAGAGUCCUAUUGUCUCCUGUGGUCUGACUCAUCGCAUGUAAAUGUACUGCAGCUUUGCUAUUAAUGCGGAGUGGGGUUCCCCCCUUUCUUUUCAAAACAGAAAGGCUUGUCAACCUCUACACUUCGUGUUCAGGAUUUGUGCUGAGCUCUAGCUGUAUUUUUUUUUCUGGAUAGUAUCUGCAUUAAACCAUUGAAGCUGAAGAAAUGAAGAUAGAUUAGAAGUGGAAACAAAAUAGUGAGAUCUCCCUCUCACCCCUGCUAUAGAAAUCCAGCUUACUGGUAACUAUAUGACCUUGCAGGCAAGAGUGGGUCUCGCUGUUAUCUUCUCUGUCUUAGCAGUUGUUUUUCAUUUCAUUCUACAUCUUGUGGUGGUGUAUCACCAGAAACAGUGACUUUUUUAUGUGAGUAAAUGUUCAGCAAUAUGACUAUUUUGGCAGGGAAAGAUAUUUUUUAAUGAGCUUUUGCUGGCCUCAGUUUUAGUUAUUGACACAUUCCUGUGAAAUUUCUUUUCAGUAUUGCAGUAACCCAGCAGAAAAUAUAACUGUUGUUUUUAGAAAGUUAUAUAGCUGUAAUUUUAAACUUCACCGUUUUCCAGUGGUACCUAGUAGUAACUUAAAAAAAAUAAAACAGCUGUAUUGUUCACAGAGAAUGUUUGCAAGCGUUUUACAGAAGAGGAGGAAAAACUACUUGUAUUCUUCCAACUGUGACUUUUAUCAUAUAGCUUUGAUUUUAGUAUUUUAAAAGAGCGAAUGAGUCGAGUGUGUAUUGUUGUUUUGGAGGAGAUAGAAGAUGAACCUCCUGCAUUCAUUUCUAAAUUGCCACAGGAAAAUAAAUCUGUACAUUCUCUACCUUCUGGAAAUGUAUUGCCAUCACUGGUGCAAGCUAUAUUUAACGGAGAUCCCGAUGAAGUUCGUGCACUAAUAUUUAAGAAAGAAGAUGUUAACUUUCAGGACAAUGAAAAAAGAACCCCAUUGCAUGCUGCUGCUUAUCUUGGAGAUGCAGAAAUCAUUGAACUGCUUAUUUUAUCUGGAGCUAGAGUUAAUGCCAAAGACAGCAAAUGGUUGACACCUUUACACAGAGCAGUUGCAUCUUGUAGUGAGGAAGCAGUUCAGGUACUUUUGAAGCAUUCUGCAGAUGUUAAUGCUCGAGACAAGAACUGGCAGACCCCUUUACACAUAGCUGCUGCUAAUAAAGCUGUAAAGUGUGCUGAAGCUUUGGUACCUCUUUUGAGUAAUGUAAACGUAUCUGAUCGGGCAGGGAGAACUGCACUACAUCAUGCAGCUUUCAGCGGACAUGGUGAGAUGGUCAAUUUACUCCUGUCUAGAGGUGCCAAUAUUAAUGCUUUUGACAAGAAAGAUAGACGUGCUAUCCACUGGGCAGCAUAUAUGGGUCACAUUGAAGUAGUGAAAUUACUUGUGGCACAUGGAGCAGAAGUGACAUGCAAGGAUAAGAAGUCUUACACACCUCUUCAUGCAGCAGCUUCAAGUGGCAUGAUCAGUGUAGUCAAGUACCUCCUAGAUCUUGGAGUCGAUAUGAAUGAACCAAAUGCCUAUGGAAAUACACCUCUUCAUGUAGCCUGCUAUAAUGGACAGGAUGUUGUAGUGAAUGAACUAAUAGAUAGUGGUGCUAAUGUAAAUCAAAAGAAUGAAAAAGGAUUCACACCUUUGCACUUUGCUGCAGCAUCAACACAUGGAGCAUUGUGUUUAGAGCUUCUAGUUGGCAAUGGGGCUGAUGUCAACACAAAGAGCAAAGAUGGAAAAACACCCCUGCACAUGACUGCCCUCCAUGGUAGAUUCUCCAGAUCACAAACCAUUAUCCAGAGUGGAGCUGUAAUUGACUGUGAGGAUAAGAAUGGCAACACCCCUUUGCACAUAGCAGCUCGAUAUGGCCACGAGCUGCUAAUCAACACUCUUAUUACAAGUGGUGCUGACACUGCAAAACGGGGCAUACAUGGGAUGUUCCCCCUCCAUCUGGCAGCUUUAAGUGGUUUUUCAGAUUGCUGCAGAAAACUUCUUUCUUCAGGAUUUGAUAUAGAUACCCCAGAUGAUUUUGGCAGGACUUGUCUACAUGCAGCUUCAGCUGGAGGAAAUUUGGAGUGCCUAAACCUUCUGCUGAAUACCGGUGCAGACUUCAACAAAAAGGACAAAUUUGGGAGAUCUCCACUACAUUAUGCUGCUGCCAACUGCAAUUACCAGUGCCUGUUUGCUCUUGUGGGUUCAGGAGCAAGUGUGAAUGACCUUGAUGAAAGAGGCUGUACGCCCUUGCACUAUGCAGCUACAUCAGACACAGAUGGCAAGUGCCUGGAAUACUUACUAAGAAAUGAUGCAAAUCCAGGGAUCCGGGAUAAGCAAGGAUACAACGCGGUUCAUUAUUCAGCUGCUUAUGGUCACCGUUUAUGUCUUCAGCUGAUUGCAAGUGAAACACCUUUAGAUGUGGCCUAUCAUGGUCACCAUCAAGCACUGGAAGUGUUGGUACAGUCUUUGUUAGAUCUUGAUGUAAGAAAUAAUAGUGGAAGAACGCCCUUGGAUCUUGCAGCAUUUAAGGGCCAUGUUGAAUGUGUGGAUGUACUUAUUAAUCAGGGAGCCUCCAUAUUAGUAAAAGAUUAUAUUUUAAAGAGAACACCUAUACAUGCUGCAGCAACAAAUGGUCAUUCAGAAUGCUUGCGGCUAUUAAUAGGAAAUGCAGAACCACAGAAUGCAGUAGAUAUUCAAGAUGGAAAUGGGCAGACGCCUCUGAUGCUGUCUGUUCUCAAUGGGCACACAGACUGUGUUUACUCACUACUAAACAAAGGAGCAAAUGUAGAUGCCAAAGACAAAUGGGGAAGGACAGCGUUACAUAGAGGGGCAGUUACAGGCCAUGAAGAAUGCGUAGAUGCAUUACUUCAACAUGGUGCUAAGUGCUUGCUUAAGGAUAGCAAAGGCCGCACGCCAGUACACUUGUCAGCCGCCUGUGGGCACAUUGGUGUCCUUGGAGCCCUUUUGCAGUCAGCAACAUCUGUGGAUGCAAAUCCAGCCAUUAUGGACAAUCAUGGAUAUACAGCGCUUCACUGGGCUUGCUACAAUGGUCAUGAAACUUGUGUAGAGCUUCUUUUGGAGCAGGAAGUUUUCCAGAGAAUGGAAGGAAAUGCUUUCAGUCCCUUACAUUGUGCUGUGAUAAAUGAUAAUGAAGGUGCUGCUGAGAUGUUAAUUGAUAAUUUGGGUGCCACCAUUGUGAACACCUCAGAUUCCAAAGGAAGAACUCCUCUUCAUGCAGCCGCCUUCACGGAUCAUGUGGAAUGCCUGCAGCUGCUGCUCAGCCAUAACGCCCAAGUCAACUCUGUUGACUCCUCUGGAAAAACACCUCUGAUGAUGGCUGCAGAAAAUGGGCAAACAAAUACAGUUGAGAUGCUGGUUAGCAGUGCUAGUGCAGAUCUGACUUUACAAGAUAACAGUAAAAAUACCGCCCUACAUUUAGCUUGCAGCAAGGGUCAUGAAACCAGUGCCUUGUUAAUACUGGAGAAGAUAACAGAUAGAAACCUCAUCAAUGCAACCAAUGCAGCCUUGCAAACACCUCUGCAUGUUGCUGCUCGAAAUGGGCUCACAAUGGUGGUUCAGGAACUUUUGGGAAAGGGAGCAAGUGUACUUGCAGUAGAUGAAAAUGGUUAUACCCCAGCAUUGGCUUGUGCUCCCAAUAAGGAUGUGGCUGAUUGCCUAGCUCUCAUUUUGGCCACCAUGAUGCCUGUCUCAUCAAGUAGCCCUCUAUCAUCCCUGACAUUCAAUUCCAUUAACCGAUAUACCAACACCUCAAAAACAGUCAGCUUUGAAGCCUUGCCCAUCAUGAGGAAUGAACCUAGCUCCUAUUGCAGUUUCAACAAUAUUGGCGGGGAACAAGAAUACUUAUACACCGAAGUGGAUGAGCUCAAUGACUCCGAUUCUGAGACGUACUAAGAGGCUGAGCCAGAGGUCGAAGGAGGGGGUUCUAACACUAAAGCUUCAAACUGUGCUUUUGCAGGAAAAAAAGGCACUUACUUAUUCACAUACAAAUUCAUCCUAAGAGGAAAGAUCGCAAAGUGGACGAAUGUAAGAGAUGGGAUGACAUUAGGAAGAAGAGUUUUAAAGGCAAGUUUUGCAAAAAGAACUUCUAGAAUCUUGAAAUAGGCUUGACCAGAGCAAAAUACUUUGAUGCCACAUUGCUUUGUGAAGUUGUUUAAUUUGAUUUACCAGUCCCAGGAAUAAUUUGGGACACUGGGCACCCCAAUCUGCUUGCACAAGCAACACUAUUGUAAAACAAGAGAUGUGGACACUAGACUAAAAUUUUAUCAAUAAAACGCAACUAAAUUUAAAGGCAAUAAAAGUUUGGUACAGUAGGCAUUAAGUGCACAGCAAAUUGCCAAAGGACCAAAUAAUUUUAAAGUUGUUUUUUUUUAAUAUCACUUUGUGGAAACUGGAGUAGGUGAAAUGAGGCAUUAUCUAAAUCAAACCAUAAUAUUUCUGAAAAAUAAAACUGCAAUAUAGUUUUAAUGUUGAUUUUUUUUUCUUUUUUUUUUUUUGAAGAAAACAUCUUAAAGCCUUCCAUAUUGUAUUAAACCAUGAGAGAAAGCAUAUAUUUUUACAUUUUGUUUCUUUUACGUAAAAGUUUUAAAAUCCAAGUUUUAUAAUAUUAGAGUUGAAAACCAGCUGACUGGGUGCAGCCAUCCAGGGUGAACAUACUUGUGAUAUAGAUAUGAGAGGGAAUGAGAUGAGGCUAUUAAUGCCCAGUUUGACUAGUUUGGAUUUAAAAUUAAUCUAUUUUUAUCUAAAAAUGUAACAGAUUUCUUAGAAGAACAAAAUGCCAUGCAGAUCCAAGAGUAGAUUUCUUUUCACCCUGUUGCAGCGUACGCAUCCUGGAGAAUAGAAUCUCCCACCUCACUCCUUUGGAUGAUGCUCCUUCAUCAGAGACGACGUUUGCGCCUCCAUAAUGGGUGGGGGAUUAUUAUUUAUUUUUAUUUUUGCGUCAAGAAAUAAGAUUCAAAAGGGGACAAAUUCCUUUUUUAUAAGUUACAUACCAUCAGGUCUCUUGAAGGCAUUUCUGUAAUGGACAAGAUUUAAAAUACUAGGGAUUUAAAAUAAUAAGGUCAUGUUCAGAUUUAAAAUUUGUAACAUGCUACAGUCUGGGAAAAGCAGCAAUUGCCUGUAGAGUGGGGAGAUGCCUUCAAGUAAAAUGGAGAAAAGGCUGAUGUUAAGGCUUUUAAAUAACAAUUUAAGUGGUUCUGCUUUUACUGUAACUCACUUUUCCCACAAAAGUGACUCCACACAUGUAUAGGAGGUCUUACAGGUUUGGAGAAAUUGCAAUGAAAUGAUACCCAAUUUCAUUUUAUCCCUUUUGUAUUGUGAAACUGGAAAUUUAUGACAUUGUAAAUUAUCAGCUGGUUUUCUGAAUAUAAAGUGUGAAAACAGAACAGUAUUUUGAUCUAUUUGAUAAUUUUGUGGGUUUUUGAAGAAUUAAUGAGCAUGUACAUAGAAAUAGUGACUGCUUGAAUACUGUAUUUACUUGCACUCUUUCAGUACAUCAAGAUUCCUGUAUAUUUUAGAGUAUAAUAAAACACAGAUGUGAGUUGUAUUUAAUGAAUAAUGUAUUUGUAUCUGUGCAUAUUAUCUAAAAAGUAUAAAGUUUCUAGGGCAUUGACUAGAUUUUAAGCGAUUUUUUUAAUCUAAAAUAUUUAAAGAAAUUAUAAUUCCAUCUUUUCUUUAUAAUAUAAAGAAAUCAUAAUGAACCCUUCCUAAUUAUUAUUGGUAGGAAGGUGAAUAUGCAUUUUAAAGCCAGUGGAUUACAUUUUCUAUUGUACCUUUUGAAAAGAAAAAAGAAAAAAAACCUCGAGGAUUCUAAAAGUAUACAUAUGUGUGCUUUCUCUUUCCUUUUAGGAAUUCUCUUCUGAAUUCCCUGAGGGAAUUUUCUAGAAUCUCAGAAUUGAAAGAGACUUGAGGUUCAUCCAGUCUAACCUCUUAACCAAUGCAGGAGUCCUUUCUACAAGGGUGAUCUUUCCACCUUGAACACUUCCAGUGACCCUACCUCACCAAGCAGUCCAUUCAGUUGUUGAGCAGCUCUGACUGUUAGAAAGGUCUUCCUUAGAUGGAAUUGAAGCCUCCCUCCUGAUAACUUCUGUCCGUGGGCCCAGAUCUGGCCUCCAAAAGAACUCUAAGAAUAUUGGAAGGAUGAAUUCUUAUGCCCUCUGCCAUGCCUUCUCUUUACAGGAUGCUCAACUCGUCUGUUGAAGUGAUUUCCAGAAAGACUCAUUAGACACACUGUUAGAUUCAUAACAUCUAAUGGAUUCCAAGGUGUAGCUAUAAAGUAACAAGCUGUUUUUAAUUUAUGUUCACGCAUACAGGACUUACAUUCGGUAUCACUUACAUGUAAAUGAUGCUAUUAUUGCAAAUAUUUGUGAGGUGGUUCUUGAAGUUGCUAGCCCAUGACAAGAACUGUUUCAUUGCUUUGUAUAUGCAUCUCGUGAUAGUCUAUCCCCAGCUUGAUCAGCCAGCUCCUUUGGUCUUCAGCUGAGGAGGGAAAUUCCAAACUAUCUCAAAUAGUAUUUGAACAGCACUAGUAUUGCUGGGGUGAGUACAUGGGCAACUUGAAUGAAUAUUGCAUAGUUAGUUUCCUUUAUAGUUACACCUUGUAUGUCAAAAGCAUUCAGGCCCUUCUCUGUAGACCAAUGCCACCAGUGUUUUGUUUUUUUUUAACUCCUCACACAGUAGCAAAGCCUGUUUGCUUUUUUAACUUCUGCAUGAAAGGUGACAUCUGAAAUAUCUGAUGUGUUAAUACCAGCUUUUGCUCUUAGAACUACUUUGGGGAAAUUGGUGGUAAUAGCAAAUGAUCUCCUUUGACAAGACACUCAUAUCAAACCGUGCCAUUUAAUUAGGAGACCCAGGAUUCAUUUAAUUCAGGAGAUCUUUAAGUGUAGCUAUAAAUUUUGGGUUUGAUUUGGCCUCUAUUGGACCUUUUAAAUGAAAUAAAGUUUUUUAAUGCAAUAAA